GCGUGUGCGUGAGGUGAAAACUAGAGGACGACUGCAUCGGCUCAACGUCGGGCAUUCAGUCCCUACAUCUAGCUGGAAGAAGAAUUAGCCGAACGCGGCUAACAUUAAAUUUAUUCGACGACAUAGUAAUUAUUUAUUGUCAACAAUGAAGUUAUUGUGGGCUGUCAGUGCCCUUCUGUUGAGCUGUUGGCGAGCCGAUGCUUCUACAGCGGGUUUUAUCAAGUCCCCCUUGUCUCAAAUGAAGCUAAUCAAUGACAGUGCAGAGAUGCAUUGCGAGGUUGUAGGGAACCCUAUUCCUGAGGUGCAGUGGUGGUUUGUAGAAGGUGAGGAGCCAAAUGAGACUUUUACCCAGCUGUUCGAUGGGGCACGGAAUGACCAUGUGAAAAUAAAUGCCACAUAUAUAGCACAUGCCACUAGCACCAUUCACCUCACUAGCCUCACCCCUGCGGACUCGGGCACGUAUGAGUGCCGUGCUUCCAACGACCCUGACCGCAAUGAACUGAAGAAGACGCCAAAAAUCAAGUGGAUCCGCUCGCAAGCAAACAUUAUUGUGAUUGAAACCCCAAACAUCCACACUGAACCUCCUGAAGUCAGCAACCAAACCUCUGCUAUGCUCAGCUGCAACCUCACAGAUGGCAACCUUCCCAUCAAGGGCUCCUACUGGAUUCACAAUGGCAAGAUCAUUGAAGGCUCCAAAACCAGUGAUGGAAAAUCUCACACAACCCUCAAAUUGGAAAAGAUUACUCAUGCCAAUAGUGGAAAGUAUGAAUGUGUGUUCGAGACUGAUCCACUGGUGAAUCAGACAAUUGAAGUCAAAACACCUCCACAUGUCGCUGCCUACAAGCACUCUGAGCAUGGCAAUGAAAAUGACAAAGUUGUGCUGGUCUGUGUGAGUCAUGGAUAUCCAUUACCCACUGAUUGGGUCUGGUUCAAGGAGAGAGAAAAUGAAACCCCACUGCUUCUUACCAAUGGCACCACUGAAAAAUACGAGAUCAGUAGCACCUCCAACAAGACCAGUCUGACCAUUAAUGACCUGAACAUCGACAGCGACCUUGGAAACUACAUGUGCUCUGGAACCAGUGAACUUGGCACAGCUGAUGACAAGAUCUACCUGCGUGUCCGCAGUCGCUUGGCUGCUCUCUGGCCCUUCCUUGGCAUUGUGGCUGAGGUCAUCAUCCUCGUGACCAUAAUCUUCAUCUAUGAGAAGAGGAGAAAGCCUGACGAGGUCAAUGACGAUGAUGACUCAGGAUCUGCUCCUCUGAAGAGCAAUUCUAAUGCAAACCACAAAGACAAGAAUGUGAGGCAAAGGAACUCUAACUAGAAGCUGAAAUGGAUGGCUGUCCAGAUGACACUCCAGGAUUCAGCUGUUGUGUGGCACAAUAUACUGUGCACCUUGCAAUUUUAAGUACCUUUUCAUGGUUGGUUGGUAAUGUUUUAAAGAAUAUGAUUUCCUCUUGCUUUGGUUUCUUCUAUAUUCCUCUCCACAUUGUACAGCCAGAGAUCAUAGUGUGAAAUAAUUUCUGCUUGAGGCCAUGGGGCAAUUAUUGCAUGAGUUUUGUGUUGUUCCAGCCAAGUGUGUGUGUUUGUUGUAAAAUCAUUAGAAUGCUCACAUGAGGAAUGCAUAGUUUGUGGUUAUUUUCUGUUAAUGCUGAUGGUUCCUGCACUGACCUCACAGUUGUCAGUCUUUGCUUUUAUAUCCUCCAAUCUGAAAUAGUGACCUAUAAAGCAGCACAAAGAUGUGUUUAGAGGAUCUGGACCAUUUAUUAUUAUUAUUUUUUUUUUAUUAUUAUCCUGAUGAAUCACUGCCACUCUUAAUAUAAAAUAAUGGAAUGCAUUUGAACCACCACCACCACCAUUACAAACCUCCCUUAGCAGAGUUUUACACUUUGCCUUAACAAGCACCAUUUUCUUUUGUUACCUGCCACUAAAUUUUAAUGUCACUUAAAGUUAAAUGCAGAAAUAACUGAGAUUAACUGUACGCUACAUUUUACCAUCAGAAACUACUGUUUUGAAUAGGAAAGGUUGUUUUAAAAAUUUUUAAAUAUAUAUAAUAUAUAUAGCUUCUCUUUCCCUAUUUAAAUAUUUUAAAUUGUGGUUCUAAUCAUUGCUUUAAUUGCUGACUUCACUUACAUGGCUGAAAUUUAAGGACCAACUGUAAGAGGUGUAACUGUUGUCAAAUGGAUCUUUUAUGCUCCACACUGAUGCAGACAAACUGCUGACUUUUUUUUUUUUUUUUUAUAAACUCAUUCAACAUGAACCAGUUGUGUGCGACUGUUGGGUCCUUGUUUCUGUUCCCUUUCACUGUAUAGAUGAUUCAGAAGCCAUAUAUUCCAUUUAACCAAGAGUAGUGUUGUGACUGGAUAUUGCCAUUUCAGAAUUACAGUUUAAAAGACCUAGUCAGCCAGAAUUGUGUAAAUUGUUGUACCUUCCGUUUACAUGGAACAACAUCUCCUGUACAACUUGCACAAACUGAAUAAAAGGUAUUAAAAUUUGU